AUGCGGCUUUUCCCACGUCCACUGGACAGAGGCCGUGGUACAGCCGCCAGCCCACCUGACGAUGCUGUGAUCAUCACUCGACUGGGGCAGGACGCAUCCCCAGCCCACUCCCCCCCUCGCUGUUGCCCACUCUCAGUUCCCAACUUACCACUCCGCUUCCCAGAAGGCCUCAAAAUCGACGAAUCUGCAGCUCAGACCAACUUGUGCUUCGCCGAGGCUGUCGGAUGGCAGAAAUACAGACAGACAUGCAGUCAUACAUAA